AAAAGCUCAAGAGAGGGAGGAACAACAACAAAGCCCCUCUCUCUCUCUCUCUAUUUUGCUUCUCUGUUCCCCCUUUUCGAUUCUUCAUCAAAAUCAAUCGAUUCUUCAUCUAUUCACACACGUCUUCGAAUGCUGUCACGACACCCAGCGGAUCCACGGUGCGUUUGUUCAAGAUUUAGCCGAAUCUGUUCACAAAUUGGAGUUGCGAAUCACUGAAUCUGAGCUGCUGGAGUUGAGGAAUAGACCGAUUUGAUGAUUGUCCAUGUGGGUUUUGAUUUUUGAUCCGAAUAGUGGCUGAAUUGGGGAAUUUGAAAUAGGGUAGGUUAGAAUGGAGAAGAGUGAAGGGGGUGGGGGUGGGGGUUUGAAUUUACCUCCGACGGAUAUCCCGGCGGCUAAGAAGCUCGCGCGCCAGCUGGAUUUUAAUAGUGUUGGUGCUACCGUGACUAGUGGUGUUUUGCAGGGACCGGCGAUGCAACAGCCACAUCCAAUACCGAUUAUGACAUCGAUGCAGCAGUCUCAUGUUAUGACCACUCUUCAGCAACCACCUUUAAGGCCUGUGAAAAUCGAGUCCCCAAAAGCACGGCCAAGACAAAAUGCGGAAAUAAAGGAUGGUACUCCAAAGAAGCAAAAGCAAUGCAACUGCAAACACUCUCGAUGCUUGAAGCUAUAUUGUGAAUGUUUUGCAUCCGGAAUAUACUGUGAUGGUUGCAACUGUGUUAACUGUCAUAACAAUGUGGAAAAUGAGCCUGCUAGGAAAGAGGCUGUUGAAACUACCUUGGAUCGCAAUCCAAAUGCAUUUAGGCCUAAAAUUGCUAGCAGCCCACAUGGAAAUCGUGAUAAUAGAGAAGAGGCUGGGGAAGUUGUUGUAUUGGGAAAGCAUAACAAAGGAUGCCAUUGCAAAAAAUCCGGAUGCUUAAAGAAAUACUGCGAGUGUUUUCAAGCCAACAUUUUGUGCUCAGAGAAUUGCAAAUGCAUGGAUUGCAAGAAUUUCGAAGGAAGUGAAGAACGACAAGCCCUUUUUCACGGAGAUUCAGUCAAUAAUAUUGCAUAUCUUCAGCAAGCAGCAAAUGCCGCCAUCACCGGUGCGAUUGGGACCUCCGGUUACGGUUCUCCACCAGUCUCCAGGAAGAGAAAAGCCCAAGAACUAUUCUUCGGUGCGCCUUUAGAAAAAGAUUCAUCCAAUCACAGGCUUGCAUCAUUUCAACAGGCGAAUCAUAUCAAAACGUCUGCCCCUUCUACUUCCUCGUCUUCUAUUCCCGGCCCACGUGUUGCUAAUGCCGCACCAGUAGGUCCUUCAAAAUUUACAUACAGGUCUCUUUUAGCAGAUCUCAUCAGACCAGAAGAUAUGAAGGAGCUUUGUUCUGUUUUGGUUGUAUAUGCAAAUGAAGCUGCCAGGAUGAUUGCAGAUGACCAGAGAGAAAACAGUGAAGCAGUCAAGGAUCAAAUGCAGGACCAGAAAGAAGCCGACGACUUGGAGAAAGUGGUGCGAGAUGGUGGGGCCCAGAUUGAUAAAACUAGCCCGAAUGAGUCUACUACUACUUCAGAUGGUUCAAAAGGGCGGCCCAUGUCUCCAGGAACGCUAGCCUUGAUGUGUGAUGAACAAGAUACAGUAUUCACCUCUUCAACUUCUAAUGGGCCCAAUCCUACAGAUGCGCCUUCUCAGUUGCCAACUGGUCAAGUAGUGACUGAAACCUAUGCUGCACAGGAGAAGAUUGUCUUAACAGCCUUUCGGGAUUGCCUUAACAAGCUCAUCACUUUAGGAGAGUUAAAAGAAACACAAUGCUCUUCCUUGGCCAGAAGCGAUUCAGGAAGUCAAAGUCACAUGGAAGUCGUUGAAAGCAACGCCACCGCGGCACACACAAUUCAAAGUCAACCCUUCAGCAAUGGCUUUCCAAGGUCAACAAUCCUGCCACCUCAAGCCGGUAAUGUGGCAGUGGGGUCAUCUGAAGAUAACAGUUCACUUUCGAAAAUCCCGUUUCGUUUUGAAAACAAAGAAAUAAAAUUAAAUUUUGAAUUAAAGAGAUAGAAACAUGAUUAGCAUGAGUAAGUGUGAUCAUCAAAUUAUGGUAGUAGCUGCAGCCUGCAUCUUAUGUAAUUAAGCCAUUCUUUGUUUAUGGCUUUUCUUUGAUGCAGAGUUGGAAAUUACACUUUUGCCCCUCCCUAUUGUUAGAAAGCUAACAUGAAUAUUGUUUAUUUUUCUAAUUUAACAUAAUUUUUUUCUUUUUAUUUUUCAGCGUUAAGAUGGGGUUUGUCAUAGACAGUAGUGAUCAGUGAAGGUGUAAUGUAAUAUUUUCCUGUG